AAGGUCAAAGUUCGCAUGAAAACCUGAAAUCUUCCUAGCUGGUGGAGCGACGGUUUCUUCACUUUACUAGUCCCCAGGCAGUGUUAGAUAUGGACGUAACAAACCAUGCGCACUCUAACAGUGUUCUACGAGAGCUGAACGAACUGAGGGGUCGGGCGGAGCUGACUGACGUGGUUCUGGAGGUGGAAGGGAGAAGUUUCCCCUGCCAUCGCGCCGUCCUGGCAUCGUGCAGUCCCUACUUCCGUACCAUGUUCACCAGCGGAUACGCGGAGGCCAAACAGGAGAGGAUCAGCAUCCAGGAUGUGAGUGAGGUAGCAAUGGCAACCAUUCUGGACUACGCCUACACUGGCUGCCUUCGGACAGAGCCAGACCAGGUCCAGGCUGUGAUGUCUGCUGCCAGACUGCUGCAGUUGGAUUUUGUAGGUCGUAAGACAGCAGAGUACAUGAAGGACCGUCUGGACGUGUCCAACUGUGUGGAUGUGUUGAUGUAUGCUGACAUGCUGGCAGACUGUGGCCUAGUCAAGGCCAGUAAGAGGUACAUGGCAUCCAGGUUCGACCAGGUGGCUAUACAACCGUCCUUUGUCCAGUUACCCCUGAACCACCUCCAGUCAUUGCUUGACAGGGAUGAUCUAAUGACCAACUUAGAAGACAACGUUGUGCAAGCUGCUCUGAGAUGGGUUGACUUUAACCAAGAAGAUCGUUUGCAGCACCUGUCUACCCUUUGCAAGUCAUUACGUCAGUCCCUUAUUAGUUCAAAACUAUGUGCUGAAAUUGAGAGUAAGUUGCUGUCAAUAGACAGCACGUUAGUUUACAGUGACAGCACAACCCAGCGGCUGGGACAGGUGCGAACUGAACUACAAAUUUUCCUAAGACAAGCUAUAUCGAAAGAUGAUUCUGCUCCUUGCUAUGACCCUUCCACAGGCCGACUAUAUGCAAUGAAUAUGCCUGAGAACCUGGACAGCUUCUCUAGAUCUGUGACAGUAACUUGUGACGGUGAGCUGUACCUGGCAGGUGACAUUGUUACCAAGAGAGAAACUGGUAUGUAUGACAAACAGAAGAAAUUUUACCAGUACAACCACCUCCUGAACACCUGGGAACCAAGGCGUGGGAUGACUACACCCAGAGCCAGGUGUGGACUAGUGUAUUUGAAUGGGUACAUAUAUGCACUUGGUGGUGACGACACGAAGGAAACAGCAGAGAGGUAUGACCCUAGCAGUGAUGAGUGGACGUCCAUACCACCCAUCCCUCACCCUGUGUCCUCAGAGGUCUCUGGCAUGACUCUCAAUGACAGCAUCUAUGCUUUAAGUAAGGAAGGCUGCUACUGCUUCAAUACCACAGAGAACAAGUGGAGCAAGAUAGCAGACAUGCUUCAGAAAAUGCAUCCUCAGGCUGUCACCUAUCAGGGGUGUAUCUACUGUAUAGACUCCAACGAUGACUGUGGAAGCAAUUCAUCACGUUAUGUAGAGAUGUACAACCCUGAAACAGAUGAGUGGAAGAGGACAGGCCCUUUUUUCUUCGACACAGCAACCCUGAUGACGUAUGGAAAGACGCUGUACCUCCUUACCGUACACAAUGGCGAUGACGCAGACGAAAGAGAAGUGGACCGCACCACGCUUGUCAUUCGCCAGUACCAGCCAAAGACAGACUCUUGGCUGUUGCUAAGAGAAGGCAGGCCAGUUCCCCCCUUGGCACGGUGGUUGAAUUUGUCGUGUAGCACAGACUGCCUGACGGUAAGGAUGAUCCAAAGUUUUCUUGGGAAUACAAAGGCAUACAAGCGUGAUUAUCGUGGUGUAGGCCGGCGUCGUGACGGGUCAUACAGAGGCGGAAGCUCAGACUCCAGUGACAGUGAUGACCUAUCGGACCAAGAGGACAGUGAUGAGGACGAUUCUGAUGAAGACAGACAAAGUGGAACUGAUGAUUGAGACAUCUGAGAUGCUGGAACAUCAUGGAAGACGUUUCUUCUUCAACUGAUUGAGUCACACAGAAGUCAUGUAGAAGUUUUUGAAACACUUUGAUUGCUAUAAGAUAAAGAUCUACAAUAACAUGAUUCCAAAGUUGCUAAUAAAUACUGGCCAGUUGUGAAAUGUUUUCGACACUGAUUCCCCUAUAUGUGGAACGUCAUAAUUGAGAAGUUGGAAAAUACAAUUAGUUUAAAGCCUAGCAUUUCAGAUUGUAGAAGACUGAAACUAUAACCUUAUAAGUAAGGUCUCAUCAUUACAUGAAGCUGCAUUAAGCUUGAUGACGUAUUUGUGUAUUUUAUCAUUUUGUGUUUGGAAAUGUGACCUUAGCAUGAACUAAACAAGGAUGGCACACUGUUUUUUACAGAAGAAAAUGUAUACAAAUAUAGCAGACAUAUAGCAAGUAUUUGAAUGUGAAAAAUAAGACCACAGAGAAUUGAAAUACUCUCCUUAACCCCAUAGUAUAAGCCACAUAUGUACAUCUUACUUUCUGUUGCUUAAUUCAUACCAUUAAUUUGAUUUUUUCUUUAUUGCAACAUUCACCAUACAUACUAUGUGUUUACUUUACUCCAUUAUUCAUCAUUAAUUCAAACCAUUGAUUAUUACUUGAUUACAUGUAUUAUUACUGUAUUGUUAUGAUGAUGAUAAUUUGUUGAUGUUAUCUUAUUGCAUGUAGACACCGUAUGACUGACUGACUAACUGACUGAACGCAUGUAUUAAUUUACUUCAUAAUUCAUGAUCAUAAUUAAUGUUGUUUAGCUCAAUGGAGGAGGGCUUAAUAUAAGCCACGCGUGCUUCCCCCCCCUCCUCCUGCACUUUUUUUAUUCAUUGCAAUAUUGUAUUUUGUUUAAUGUAAUAUUUUUGUUGUGUUAAUCAAUAAGCAAGCAAACAAAACAAACAGACAGUCAAACCUGGCUGGUCAACCGUUUCCCGGAUCCCACCUUCGGUCAUGAGCCAUAUCAAGAAUGUUAAAAUAGGACAUAUCAAACCAACCUUAUCCACUUUUACAUGAUUAAGACCCUCUGUUAACUAACUUCUAACAUUUCUGCAUUUUCCAUGGGCCAUUCAAAUUUACGCCAAUUUUUAAUAGCAAAACAAAAUUGAUGACAAUUAUUCCAUACACUAUUAGUACAGUAAAUUCUCACUAGUUUAAUUCGUACUUAGGACAAUCUUAAAAGUUGUGCUAAGUACGAAUUAAACCAGUGAGAAUUUUGACACAGAAAAACUGGAAUAGUUUCUUAUGUUGUUUUAGGAAGAGAGAGCGUACCCAAAGGCCUGAUUUGACACAGGUCUGAUGGUGAAACAAUAAAAAAUUGAAAUUCACUCAUAUAACAAUAAGGAGUUUAUAAAGAAAAUGAGGUGUGUAUUGAACAAUUUUAUGUGUUUAUCCCAACUACCAAUUUGUCAACAACUCAACGUCAUUUACUAUUUUUCUCAGCACAUUGAUGAGACCAAGUUUGACUGUACUUUUAAGUUACUUGAUUAAUCAAUGGACUUUAAUUCUACAUUAAAUUACAUUGCUAAGAUAAACCUUUAGUUAUGUAAAUCCGCGUGGGACCGCGUGGCACAGCGGUAUUGUGUUCGGUCCGUGACCGAGAGGUUGCGGGUUCGAAUCCAGCUGCGUGUCACCAAUCUUGUGCCCUUGGGAAAGGCACUUUACAGGACUUUACUCACUUAACUCAGGUGAAAAUGAGUACCUAGUUCAAGAUCAAGUCAAAGUCAAGGGUGUGGGCUCGAAUUAAGUUCUAACGAGUUUAAACGUCUUGUGUAAAAUGAUUGCCAUCAUGAUAUCACUGUUGAAGUUUUCAAAAUGAAA